AUGUCUAAGCCACCACCAAAAGCGAAAUCUGGUAUUGGCAGUGUGAAGGAAUACAAUGUGCGCUUAGCAAAGACUGGGAUAGUCCAUCAUGGCAUGGGUUUCAACGCCAACCUUAAUGUGAACUUCGACAAAUGGGAUGAGGUCACUAUUCAGAGGGAGAAUAAUUGGGAGCAAUCGCGUCCCAAGGAGGAGGAGCAACCCAGGUACGGCCCAGGCACGGCUUACAACGGGGGACGCAAGAGGUUCCGUAAAACCAGUCCCCCGAAAAAAUAUCGAGCCAAGGAUCAGCCAUGGAUACUGACUGUGGGCGGCAAGCAGGGCAGGCAGUACAAAGGCAAUCGCGAAGAAGAGCGUGGAAACUUGUUCCUCUUCUUGCAGGCCAAGGAUGGAUGGAUCGACGCCUAUCCGAUUAAGGACUGGUACAACUUUCAACGCAUUCCAACCCACAAGACGCUCUCUGCGGAGGAGGUUGAGGAGAUAUUUGCACGGCGCAAGAGGGGCGGCCACGAUACUGAUAGCUAUUACUUCUCGCAAAUCUUACGGAAGCGAUUGCGUGGCAACGACGAGGAAGAGGAGGGGGACCAGGAGGAGGAAGAGGGGGAGGAUGGACGCAAUCCUCAGCAGAACGGUCCACCGGAGGAGUACGAGCCAGUGCGAAAAGAGAACUCCGACUCCGACUAUUCCGAUAUUGAGUCCGAGUUGAACUGGUACGACAGGAAGCCAAACAACAGAGACGUUGGCCGAAAAGGGAAACAGCACGAACUUGGGGUGAACAAGGAUGACGACGACCCCGAUGAAGGGUCAGACGAUAGCGAUGACGAGUCGGACGAUAGUGAUGAUGAGUCGGACGACAGCGAUGAUGAGUCAGACGACAGCGAUAGUGAAUCGGACGAUGAGGAGGACUCGGACGACUCCGAUAGCAGCUCCGCUGAGGACGAGUAA